AUGGACAGAGGAGAAGAAGAAGUUUCAGAUUCUAUCCUGGUUGAUCUUAUUCUCGAGAUAUUCUCGAGAUUGCCAGCAAAGUCAGUCGGGAGGUUAUGUUCCAUGUCGAAGCUAUGGUGUUCCAUGCUUAGCCAACCAUAUUUCACAGAGUUGUUCUUGACCAGGUCACGUGCUCGUCCGCGUCUCUUAUUCGCCAUCAAACGAGCCGGUGAAUGGAGCUUCUUCUCGUCGCCUCAUCAGCCUCGGAAUCCACAUGGGAAUGAGUCUUUCGUAGCCGCGGAGUUUCAUACAAAGUUCUGUGGACCCAAGUAUCAAAACAUUUGUAGAUAUACCUCUGGUUUGAUUUGUUUCCCUAAUAUGUGGUUCUCAAAGGAGCGUCGGCCAAUGACUGUAGUAUGUAACCCUAUCACAGGACAACAUGCAAUCUUACCUAGAGUGAUGAGUCACAGCCAGUUGACAAGCUUUUUAGGGUUUGAUCCGAUUGGCAAAAAAUUCAAAGUAUUGGCCGAGGUUUCUCCAUUUUGUGGUGGAAGGUUUAAUAUGGAAAUUCUGACAUUAGAAACUGGACAACUUACGUGGAGGAGUAAGAUCGAUUCUCCCUUAUCCAGUACUUUACGUGAAGGGUUAUGCAUCAAUGGGGUUUUGUAUUACAUACAUGAAACUUUUGAGCGGCCUGGUCAUGUGAUUGAUGAAGAUGAUUACGGAACGUCUGAUGAGGAUAGUUUUCAUGUGAAUAUAGUUUGCUUUGAUGUUAGGUCUGAGAAAUUCAAACUCAUCGAGGCAGAUUUCUUUUGUCUUGAUCAAGAUAACCAUAAAUUGAUAAACUAUAAAGGUAAAUUGGGUGGGAUUCGUUGGGAGUAUACUGACAAUGGUGUCAUUGAGUUGCAUCUGCGUGUUCUAGAGGAUGUUGAGAAAGAGGUAUGGUAG